AGUUGGGCUCAGCAGCUGAAUGUCCACAACAUGGCCACGAUUCUUCAAUACAUUCGAGAACGCGCGCUGUGUGUAUAGAAACACCGUUAACGCGAUCGCAAAUAAACACGGUGCGCGCUGAAAAUAUGGUAACCGUUGAAGUGUUUUAUUAAAAAAAUAUAAAAAUUGGUUCGUCUUAAUUUGCAGGUAGUUAAUAUGAAAAAGUGUGGGUGUUAGUAAUUCGUCUGUUGCCUAACAGGAAACAAGCAAAGUAAAAAUACCACUUCUUAGGAUUUUUUUUUCGAAAAUAUAAUCACCGUACUUUCCUUAAAUUCCACGUGUGUAUGCUCUGCGAAUGAUGGUCGGCUAAAUGUCAACGAAAAUGUUGCAAAAUUCGUACCACAAUAAAUACAGACCGAAUUUUUACGAGAGUACGUGCUUGAGGUGCAAUGAAACUGUGUAUCAGGUGGAUCGAGUGGGACCAUUGAAAGACUUUUCGUUUUUUCAUAGUGGAUGUUUUAAGUGCGCGAUUUGUGGGACCAAGUUGACUUUAAAAACCUAUUACAAUAAUCAACAUCGACAAGAGGACAAAGAGGUUUAUUGCAAUAGUCACGUGCCUAAAAUAGGACCAGGCCAUUUAGAUGGAUCUUCGGUUGUAAUUAGAUCGGCGCUAAAUGUACCAAAAUCGAGUAAUUUUGUAAACGAACAAAUUCGUGGACCUGGAAGGGGAGCAUAUGACGUUGAAGGUUUAAACAUUCGGACGCACGUUAAUGGCAAUUCACAUGCUUCUUCAGGACACGGGGAUCGGAAUAAACACACAUACAGCCCCAAUUCGUAUCCUUUAAAUAACCAUUCGGAUUCACCUGGUUACCAGUAUGGGAGAUUCGAUGCUAGUGCCCUUCACAUCGCACACGCGCUUAAACAAACCGAAUUGCAAAAGGCUUACAGUAGGCCAAGAGAAAAACCCUUGGACUGCUACCUGGAUCGAGAUGAGCAACGACGACUGGAAAUGAAACAUCGAAAAGAAGAAGAUGAUUUGUAUAGGAAAUUUGCACGACAAAGGGAAGAAGAGGAGAAAAGGAUUAGGGAAGAAUUUAGAGAUGAAUGGGAGAAAGAAUUGGAGAGACUUACUAAUAGAUUCGAAAGGGAAUUACAGAUGAAAAGGAAAAGGGACGAACAAAAUGUGUUAACACUUCGUCAUCAACAGGAGAAAGAAGAUUUAGAAAAAAAUAUGACCCUUCGCAGGGACAAGAAAAAAGAGUCAUUAUCGAAGAAAAUGCUUGAGCAUGAAAGGGCGGCGACGGCGGCGCUGGUUGAAAAACAAAGUCACGAGAUGUUGGAACUAAUCAACGAGAAACGAAGCGAAUAUAUGAUGGCCGAAUCAUUGUAUGUUGAUGCUGGAGAAGACGGUGGGUAUGUCGAAGAUUUGCCGCCAUAUCCAAGCCUUGCACCUAUACCGGCACCCCCAGCUCUUAGUAAAUUUCAAAUUUAUAGUGAUCCAGCCGAGUUUGCACAUGUCGAUCAAAUUGCUAUAUCCGUUGCCCAAGAAGAUCAAAAAAGCUUUACGGAUUUAGUUCGCCAACUGGUGGGACGAUGCGGCUCUGAUAUUGAGAAGGCUCGCACAAUAUUUAGAUGGAUAACGGUAAAGAAUUUAAACACAAUGACUUUCGAUGAAAAUUUACGGGGAGACACACCAAUGGGUUUACUAAGGGGCAUUAAGCACGGAACAGAAAGUUAUCAUGUGUUAUUCAAAAGACUCUGCAGUUAUGCAGGUUUGCAUUGUGUAGUAAUUAAGGGCUAUUCUAAGUCAGCAGGUUACCAGCCGGGAGUGAAAUUUGAGGAUAAUCGGUUUAGAAACUCCUGGAAUGCAGUUUACGUUGCGGGUGCGUGGAGGUUCGUUCAAUGCAACUGGGGUGCGAGACACCUGGUGAACGCCAAAGAGGUACCAAAAGCGGGAAACAAAGCAAAAUCGGACAGUUUACGGUACGAAUAUGACGACCAUUACUUUUUAACCGAUCCAAAGGAGUUUAUUUACGAAUUUUUCCCGCUCCAAUCGGAUUGGCAGUUAUUAAAACAUCCAAUAACGCUGCAGGAAUUCGAAGAACUACCGUUUGUAAGAUCCCUGUUCUUCCGCUACGGAUUAUACUUUUCAGAUCCUAAUACAAAAGCAGUUAUGUUCACUGAUUCUACAGAUAAAUUAUUUGUAGGUGCUGCCACAGUGAAGAUUGCAAUGCCCGCCCAUAUGCAGGGUAGUUUGAUUUUCCAUUAUAAUCUUAAAUUUUAUGACAGCGAUGGAGAUAGUUUCGAUGGCGUCUCAUUAAAGAGAUUUGUUAUGCAGUCUGUUGCGGGAAAUUUGGUCGCAUUUCGAGUACACGCACCUUGCAGCGGAGCAUUCCUUCUCGACAUCUUUGCCAACGCAGUUACACCAAAAGAAUAUCUAACAGGAGAGCCGAUGAAAUUCAAAAGUGUGUGCAAAUUUAAAAUAUGCUGCGAAGAUUUACAAACUGUAAUGGUUCCCCUACCGGAUUGCGCCAGUGGUGAAUGGGGUCCAACGAAAGCUACAAGAUUGUUUGGUUUAGUACCAAUUACACAUCAGGAUGCGUUAAUAUUUGCCGGACGCGAACUAGAAACUCAAUUCAGAAUGUCAAGACAGUUGACCGAUUUUAUGGCAACGUUGCACAAAAAUGGAGUGGAGGAGAAGAGGCUUUCGAAAUACGUAUCACAUUCCAUAAUCGACGACAUAGUUACAUUUAAUAUUAGUUUCCCGGAGGAAGGACAGUACGGUUUGGAUAUUUACACGAGAGAGAUGGCUUCCUUAAAUGAUAGUACAGGCGAAAAACACUUACUGACACACUGUUGCAAAUAUCUAAUUAAUUCCUCUAAACGAAAUUAGAUUGGUCUUACCAAAGUAUAAAAAUGGUGCUUUACAGAGCUUGUUAAAUAAUUGAGAUAUUUUUUAUUCCUUAUAACAGAAAAAUUGCCUCAUAUAAAGUGUAACGUACUGUGAUUGCUUUUUAUUACAAAUUAAACUAUUUACAAAUUCUAAUAUAGGCAAUUUAAUUUUUCUUAAAAUGUGGAACUAAAUUUUAUUUUUUCUGUGCAAUACCGUAAUUGCUCAGUAUGUCUACGAUAAUAUCAGUAUUCAAAUAACAUACUGUGUAGUUACGCCUAAAUAUGGUACCCCACUUGUUAUUUCUUAACAGUUAAGUUUAUGUAAAUUAAUACCUUAUUGUCUUUAUCAAAACGGCUUAAGAUGCUUUGUUUUGUAACAUACAACUUUUUAUCUUGUCAAUAAAUACACUAUUUAUUAAA